ACCUGCUUUUCCUCAUAUGAGCUCUAUUUUCUCCCCUUUUAUAUUUUUGUUUCCCCGCAUCACGUGAAAGUCACCUAUUAGACAUGCGUACUUGUCUUCAUACGCCUAGCUUAUGUAUAGAAAACAUUCCAUGGAUCACUGACGAAAAAUAUGUUUCAGGUGAAAUUGUAUCGUUUAAGACUUUCAAAAAAGGACCCUCCGGAUUCUGAAAGCCGUCGAUGUGGUUGUGAUGGAAACGAAGAAACCAUUUGAAAGGUUGCCUACGAAUGUAGGACCAAUUCAUUAUGAACUGUACCUGAAACCGGACUUGCAGUCUCUCACAUUCUCGGGAAAUGAGACCAUUAAGAUUGAAAUCAAAUCGGCGACGAAUAAAAUCGUCUUGCACGCGGCAGAAUUGGACGUUACGAACGCGUCCGUGACGUUGAGCAGCGGUGAAACCGUCACUCCUGACGUGAGCUUGAGCCCCGACGAUGAGCUCCUGACACUAUCUUUCAUCAAAGAGCUACCACCCGGACAGGCCUCUUUGACGUGUUCGUUCGUCGGCGAACUCAACGACAAACUCAAGGGAUUCUACCGGAGCAAAUGUAUUGACCCGGUGUCAAGAAAGGAAACGUAUGCGGCGGUCACGCAGUUUUGUGCUAUAGAUGCCCGAAAAUGCUUCCCAUGUUGGGACGAGCCAGCUGUCAAGGCCCAAUUCACUGUUACAUUAUGUGUCCAAGAUGAUAAAGUAGCUCUUUCGAAUAUGCCUGUCAUAGAGGAGUCCCACGAUGGCGAAGGCAACAAAAUCCUGAAAUUUGAAACGACGCACGUGAUGUCAACCUAUCUAGUGGCCAUCGUCGUGGGAGAUUUUGAUUAUGUUCAGGACAAGACGAGCAACGGUGUCCUUGUCCGCGUUUACACCCCUGUCGGAAGGAAGAACCAAGGAGAGACAGCUCUCAACUUUGCCUCUAAAAUGCUCCAGUAUUACGAGGAAUAUUUCAAAAUCUCGUACCCACUACCGAAACUAGACUUGAUCGCCAUCGCAGAUUUUGCCUACGGUGCGAUGGAGAAUUGGGGGCUGAUAACGUUCCGAGAGACGCGGCUGCUGGUGGACCCAGCGAACACGUCAAGUUGGACGAGGCAGGCGGUGGCGAAAUGCGUGGGGCACGAGCUGGCUCACCAGUGGUUCGGGAACCUGGUCACCAUGGAGUGGUGGACCCACUUGUGGCUCAACGAGGGCUACGCCUCCUUCACAGAGAACCUCAGCGUGGCCCGACUCCACCCCGAGUUCGACAUCUGGACUCAGUUCCUCCACCACCACCACAAUAGCGCCCUCCGACUCGAUGCUCUUAACAACAGUCAUCCCAUCGAGGUUCCCAUCGGACAUCCGUCUGAGAUCGACGAAAUCUUCGACAGGAUCUCGUACAGUAAAGGCGCCUCGGUGAUCCGGAUGCUACAUCGAUACAUCGGUGACGACGACUUCCGCAAAGGCAUGAACUUGUAUCUGGUGAGGCACGCCUACAAGAACGCCUCAACGGAAGAUCUUUGGGCCGCCCUCGAGGAGAGCAGUGGGAAACCCCUCAAGGAGAUGAUGACCACGUGGACCAAACAAAUGGGCUUCCCCCUCCUCACCAUCGAGUCGAGCAGACAACUCGACGACUCCAGGGAACUAGUCAUCUCACAGGCAAAAUUCGGUGGCGAUGGCAAGGCCACCGAAUGCAACUCUCUAUGGUUGGUUCCGUUGUCUUUCUGCAAAUCGUCUUCACCGCAAGAGGCGUGUUUCGCCACUGUUCUGAAGGAGCGGCGGGCGACCAUCAUUGUGCCUAAUGUGAAACCGGAUGAGUGGCUCAAGCUCAACUGCGGGACUUACGGUUUCUAUAGAACCCAGUAUCCUGGCGAUUUGCUCCUGCAGUUCAUUCCUGAUAUCAAGAGGAAAACUUUGGCGCCUCUUGACAGGACUGGUCUGUUGGAUGACUUAUUCGCCCUGGUCCAAUGCGGGAAUGCCUCAACUACUACCUUGAUGGAAUUGAUGUUAGGCAUGGAGGACGAAGAUAACUACGUUGUGUGGGCGACAAUCAACUAUUGCUUGAGUGAACUCGCGAUUAUUCUGUCCGACACCGCGUUAGAGGAACCGUUUCACAAAUUCGGACGACGGCUCAUGGAAACAAUCUACAAGAAGGUCGGUUGGGACCCACAACCAAACGAAAGUCACUUAAAAACACUUCUACGAUCAAUGGUCAUUGAUCGUCUCGGUCAGUUUGGACAUGAUGGAGUCAUCGCUGAAGCGAAGAAAAGAUUCGAGAAUCAUAUUUGCAAGAAAGAGGCACUUACUGCUGAUCUCAGAGCUGCGGUAUACAAAGCUGUCCUUUCAACCAACGAGAAGGAUAUUUUUGAAACCAUGCUUCAAUUGUACAAACAAGAGGAUCUCCACGAAGAAAAACAACGGAUCAGCAAUUCUCUGGGCGUUGUCAAAGACGCACAGCUUUUAAUGAGAGUUCUAGAAUUCGCUAUUUCGGAUGACGUGAGAGCUCAAAGCGCUGUCUCAAUGAUUGUUUCGGUCGGAUUAACGGCUCAAGGCCGUGAGCUGGCUUGGAAUUUCAUCAAAAAUAACUGGCAAACCUUCAAAAAUAUGUACAAGGACGGUAUACUUUUGAUAUCUCUGGUUGGACAAUCAACAGAAAAUUUCACAAGUGAGGAAAAAGCAAAGGAUGUAGAGAAUUUUUUCAAGCAGAAUCCCUGGCCUGGCGUUGAGAGAACAGUACGGCAAAGCAUCGAAUCCAUUCGAAACCAUGCCGCCUGGCUGGAGCGUGAUCGUGAUUCUAUUAAAGAUUUCCUAUCUAAAAUUUGAGAAUAACGUGAGAUAAUCAUUUUGAAAUCUUGUCGUUUGGAGAAAAAAAAAAACUAUUUUUAUUACUAUCCGUCCAAUGAACUGAUAAAUUCUACUUUUAUAGGUACACUCUACAUUAACUCUACCGCUUUUUCUAUUUACUCUUUAACAUUGUUGUGUUCAAACAAAUUGAUGACUGUAACGUACUUAUAAUAAUCAUAAAUACAUUUUUUGUGUUAUUUUUUCACCCA